GAUCUUAUUUUAGAUUUACUUCAACCUAACGUGACUUGGUCAGAUUCAAGGAGUAACACGACAGAUUUCAAUCUCUGAGUGCCAUGGAAGAACAGGGAGUCACCAUUUCUCAUGGAAUCUCAUGCCCGGUACGGUACAAGGAGCAUUUUGAAAACAAGGACCUAGAAAAGUGUCGAGAAAUCCAUCAUUUGUUUGCCUUGCCAGGACCUGGACUCCAGGAACUUAAACUGGACACCAGAAGCAGUACUGGAUUUGUCAGUAGUGACGAGGAUUUAGGGGAACCCCUGUUCCGAAUUCUCCUGGAUGUGACCCAGUUCAAACCCGAAGACAUUCUUAUCCAGGUGUUUGAGGGGUGGCUGAUGGUCCGAGGGCAACACGGAGCACGGAUGGACGAGCACGGCUUCGUGUCACGAAGUUUCACCAGACAAUAUCAGCUGCCUGAUCAUCAAAUGCAGGCAGGAGACUUGACAGCCAUGUUGUGUCAUGAUGGAAUACUGGUGGUGGAAACCAGAGAAAGAUGGUGGGCAGCAUCUGAUUAGCUCUUGGCAAAGCUUUCUGAGUCUUGACCACAUGCAUCAAGGAAGGAAGGGUUAUCGUUUUAAGAUUGCCGUUAUUCUCUGAGUGGUAAAAGGAGAUUAGUGAAACGUUGGUUGAUUGUGUGCUGUAAUCACUGUGAGUUGUGCCCUUAUAACCUCCAACUUUUUGUGUCCUGUGUGCUAUACUCCAUUCUUCCUGGCAUUGUCUGGCUUGGCCAUGCACUUCAUACCCUGCUUUCUUCUGAUCAGAUCUAGAGACCGAGGGACUCAUGAAAAUAACAUGACUGUAAAAUAAAGGCAAUAGAAUUUUCCUUUUCUUAUUCAGUAGGCAGGAUUUUUGACUUAAUUGUACAUAUAAGCAAUUUAAUUCCAAAAAAUCAGUUUUAACAUCUCUUAAGCAACCCCACAGUAUUC